AUGUAUAUUCCAAAUAGUAUGCUUCUAUCGAAAUGUUUAAAACCAAAUCAAUUCAAAUCAUUUUCAUAUAUAAAUUAUAGACAUUAUUCCACAAACUAUGAUCAAUUAAUACAGAAUUCAAUUGAAAACGUGAGCCAACUAUUAGAAAAAAAUGACAGAUCAUCAUAUAUUUUAGCUCAAUAUAUUCCAGAACCAGCUCGUAAUACAUUUUUAGCAAUUAGAGCAUUUAAUUUAGAAAUAAACAAGAUAAAUGAAGGUGGUCAAAAUAGUCAAUCAGUAGCUUCAAAAGCAUCAAAACAAAUGUCGCAAACUAUGGGUAUUUCUACAGCUGAUUUAAAAUUUAAAUUUUGGAGUGAUUUAAUACUACGUAUAUUUACUGAAGAUUCAUCAAAUUUAAAAGAAUUAGGUGAACCGAUUGCUAUAUUGUUACGUGAUGCUUUACAAAAAGGUCUAAUUUUAGAUAUUUCAUUUUUUCAAAAAUUUCUACAAACAAGAAGAUUAUUUAUCAAAGAUAACGCAAGUUUUCAAAAUAUUAAUGAAAUUUGUAGUUAUGGAGAAGGUACAUAUUCACAAUUAAAUUAUUUAACUCAAGGAUUAUUGUUAUCAUCAUCAAUAUCGCCAUCUUCGGUCAAAUUGUUGGAGAGCUCAUCAAGUUUACAAGCAAACAUUACCGAUAUAGCUGCUCAUAUUGGUCAAGCAACUGCAAUAGCAUCUAUGAUUACUGGAUUAAAAUAUUAUGCAACUUCAAAAAAUCAAAUUACAUUACCUAUUGAUUUAAUGACUAAAGAAAACUUAUCACAAGAAUCAAUUUUAAAAUUAUUUUCAGGUAAUAUUCUGGAUGAGGAAGAGAUCAAAGAUAUAAGUGAUAAAUUGAAACAAGUAGUAUAUAAUACUGCAAUAGUAGCUAAUGAUCAUAUGUUAACUGCACAAAAGAAGUUGAAAGAUUUUAAAUCAGAAGUACCUGAUACUAUAGGUAAUACAUCGGAUCAAAUUUUGAAAAAGCAAUCUAAAAAUUGGAAAGGAAAUAUUCCAGAUGCUUUAUUUACUCCAUUAAUGAUAGGUAUACCAACAAGCUUAUAUUUGAAAAAAUUAGAAAAAAAUGAUUUUGACAUAUUGAAUUUGAAUUUUCAACAACCUGAAUGGAGAUUAGCUUGGACUUCAUUUAAAGAUUAUUAUCAGAGAAAAAUUUAG